AUGGCCGCUACCAAUGAUGGUAACACAGACCGCCAUCAACAAUGGUACGAUCCAGAUCUUAACGAAGUCAACCCGGAGAUUAGAAAUUUGCUGGAGAAUUACUCCAAGGUUUCGCCAUCGGAGGUAGUGAAACACGUUAACGAUAUUCGUAAACGUGGUUUUGCCUCAAAUCCCUAUCCUUGCAUAGGGCACUACCGCUUCUUGAACCUCACGCUGCUCACGCAUCCCCUUUAUCAGUCCAUUCUCUCGCGACUGAACUCAGAUCCUUCGGCACUGUAUCUCGAUAUCGGCUGCUGCUUCGGCCAGGAUCUGCGCCAGCUUGUUCUCGAUGGCAUCUCUUCAGCUCAACUGGUCGGUGUCGACAUUGAAGGCCCCCUGAUGGAACUGGGAUACGACUUAUUCCUUGACCGGGAGACUCUUCAAAGCAAGUUUGCCGUCGUAGACGUCUUCAAAGGCGAAUCUCAGGGUGAACCGUGGACGGGGUUGGUCGCCAAGGGAGUAGACGUGGUGCACUGCUCUGCAUUCUUCCACUUGUUUCCGCUUCCCGUGCAGAUUGAAGCUGCCAGGCAUGUUUCAAAGCUGGUGAGAAAGGGCGGUAUCAUCGUUGGCCGACAGAGUGGUAGCAUUGUGCCGAUGGAGGUCCCUGCCAUCAAGGCUGGAAGCACAAGCUUCAGGCAUGAUGUGAGCUCACUAGCCGAGUUGUGGGACAAGGUCGGCGAGGAAACGGGCACCAAAUGGAAGGUCGAUGGCACGCUCGACACCGUGGGAAUGGAUAAGAAGAAUCCGGUGGAAAAUGAGUAUUCCAGAAGAUUGCUGUUUACUAUCACCCGUGUGGAGUAA